AUGGGGAUGUCUACUACGCGACCUAAACCUUGGGAAACUGGGGCAAGCACUUCAGGCGCGGAAACAACAACAAGUAGCUCAGUUCCUAUAUCUGGGCCGAGCUCUUCAGUCCCACAAACUGGUAUCAGCGACGCCACAUCCGCUGCAGCAGCUUCAGGUGUUCCCCCGGUGCCAGGAAGACCUACGACCCUCAAUUCAGUGGCACCCACGACAUCUUAUACUCCAGGAGGAUACGGUGGUUAUUCAGGAAUGAAUUCAGGCUAUGGUUCUUACGGAUCAGGAUAUGGCAUGGGCUCUGGAAUGGGUGGCUAUGGAAGCUAUGGCGGCAUGGGUGGCUAUGGCGGCAUGAGUGGCUAUGGCGGCUACGGAAGCUAUGGCGGCUAUGGUGGCUACGGAGGCUAUAACCGUAUGGGAAUGGGUGGAAUGGGUAAUCCUAACAACCCUCUGGAAACAUCUACCGCGGCCACUUUCCAGCUGAUUGAAUCUAUCGUUGGAGCGUUCGGUGGCUUUGCUCAGAUGUUGGAGUCUACUUACAUGGCUACUCAUACGUCCUUUUAUGCAAUGAUGAGCGUUGCGGAACAAUUUGGUCAUCUCAAGCAGAGCCUAGGAUCUAUCCUCGGCAUUUUCGCACUCCUCCGAUGGUCAAAGGCGUUAAUCGCCAAAAUCACGGGCAAGCAGCCGCCCAAUCAACUCACCCCGGCGAAUUUUGCAAAGUUCCAAGCUGCUGGUGGUGCUUCGGGAGGCGCAUCUAGGCCAUCUUUCAAACCCCUGCUCAUGUUCUUGGCUGCCGUAGUCGGCCUGCCCUACCUGCUAGGUAAACUUAUCCGAUCAAUGGCAUCUCAGCAGCAGGCAGAAAUAGGCAUGAACGGAGACGGACCUAUCGAUCCUUCCAAGCUGGACUUCUGCAGGGCCCUCUACGAUUUCGUCCCCGAGAACCCCCAGAUCGAGCUUGAGCUCAAAAAAGGCGAUUUGGUCGCAGUACUGUCGGCAACAGAUCCCAGUGGAAACCCCAGCCAGUGGUGGCGAGUCCGCACUCGUGACGGCCGCUCCGGCUACGUCCCUGCAACUUAUGUAGAGAUCAUUCCCCGUCAAGCACCCCUUGAGGCUGGCCCGCCCGGUGCUGCUAAUGCUACACCCGAAGCUGGCUCUGUCAAGCAGAUUGAGUAA